AUGAGCGGGCGAGUUAUUGUAGCGCUGUUUUUUGUCGCGCUACCAGCGGUUGCUAAUGCAGCCGAGUGCAGCACGAAGCGCUGCACACUUGCCUGUGCACCCGGAGAGAUCUGUGUGCUGGAAACGGUGACCUGCAUUCGUGCCCCGUGUCCGCCGAUCCAGACGUGCUGCGUCCCCGCCGAGCCCGUUUGCACCAAGAAGUGCCCCAAGAACGAGAAGUGCCAGAUCGACUCGGCCGACAACUCCCAGUACUGCCUCAGUCCAUGCGCAACGGUGCGCUGCAUGUCGGGCUACACUUGCCAAGUCGAGCAAGUGCAGUGCAUCCGCGCGCCGUGUCCUCCUGUCGCCGUCUGCAAGCCUGAACCGGUCAAGAAGGGCUACGGUCUGAGGGCCCUGAACGAGCAAGAGUAG